AUGGUGACGGCAACAACAGAAGAGAAGGUCGCAGAGAAGAUGGCCUUCGUGAUGCGCGUGCUGAAGCACACUGAGAUGUCGAAGCCGAAUUGGAAGGCCAUCGCGGCGGAAGAAGGUAUCUCGAGAUCGGACAACGCUCAGCAGAAAUUCCGCAAAACCGUCGAAAGCUUGGGCUACGCUUUUGUGAAUGAUCAGAUCGUCGACUUGAAAGACGGUGAGGGCGGUGCUGGAGGAGCAAGUGCAGCUGCAACUCCAGGUACCAAGACCGGAACCACAACCACUCCAACCAAGAAGAGAAAGUCUCCCGCCAAGAAGGAUAAGGAGACCAAUGGAGGUGAGACUCCAAGCAAGAAGUCCAAGACUACUUUGCCUGCUCCUGCUGGUGGCAGAGAUAGUGGUGAAGUUGAGGCAACGAAGGCUCAGAGCCAGACCGAAUGA